UUCUAUACGUCAUCAGGCAGCGCCUUGAACUGCACAGGAACCAGUGACGCGUGAGUACGUGGCGCUGACGUCAGCGAAACCUCCGGCAUAGACUGUACCAGUAAGCGGCGGUGAUCGGCGAAACGGACGGAGAACUGUGACGGGCACAAUAUAGGAAUCUGGCCCAGGACCCAUGAACGCUCGUAAACGCCACGGUUCCCGAAACACUGAUAACGGAGUUUACGUAGGACCCCCACAGACACAGGUCCUGCCCUCCCAAGCCGUUCCAGAAGUUUUGCCUCCCCCUACUCUCGUCCCACCAGCCAAUAACAUGUCUUGCCGGGACCGCACCGCUGAGUUCAUGUCUGCUUGCAAGUCUUUGCGCGGACGCCAGAAUGGUAUACAGCUGUCCAAUCCAUCCCUCAGUGCUGUCAAACAGAGAAGCGAAUUCACUCUUAUGGCUAAGCGCAUUGGAAAGGACCUUAGUAACACAUUUACAAAAUUGGAAAAAUUGACGAUAUUGGCUAAAAGGAAGUCUCUUUUUGAUGACAAAGCUGUGGAAAUUGAGGAACUGACAUAUAUUAUUAAACAAGACAUAAAUAGUUUGAAUCAGCAGAUUGCGCAGUUGCAGUCCUUUGUGAGAGCUAGGGGCAGUCAGAGCGGACGGCAUCUCCAGACCCAUUCGAAUACUGUGGUUGUCUCCCUUCAGUCAAAACUGGCAACAAUGUCAAACGAUUUCAAGUCUGUAUUAGAAGUAAGAACAGAGAAUCUAAAACAGCAACGAAGCCGCAGAGAACAGUUCUCUCAGGGCCAGGUCUCCACUCUCCCUCUCCAUAACAAAAGCAUGGGGCCAUCAGUUCUCUUUCAAGACGAUUCCCGUAGAAAUGGCGAGGUGACAAUAGAGAUGGAUUCCAAAGUCAGUCAACAGUUGACGCUAAUAGAUGAGCAGGAUUCGUAUAUUCAGAGCCGAGCAAACACUAUGCAGAACAUAGAAUCCACCAUAGUGGAACUGGGCUCCAUCUUCCAACAGUUAGCUCACAUGGUUAAGGAGCAGGAGGAAACUAUACAAAGAAUUGAUGGGAACGUGGAAGACACGCAGCUGAACGUGGAAGCUGCACAUUCGGAGAUCCUGAAAUAUUUCCAGUCGGUCACAUCGAACCGAUGGCUCAUGAUAAAGAUCUUUCUCAUACUUAUUGUUUUCUUCAUAAUUUUUGUGGUCUUCUUGGCCUGAGACUUAAAUUCACAAAUCUAAAACUAUCAGCACACUCCAUGCUACCUCCAGAUUGCCCAGUUCCACAAAAAGAGGAAAGAGAAUGUAGGAGAUGGAGUCCAGCUCAAUGUGCAAGUAAAAUCCAGUUUAUUGGCAGACGAGU